UAGAAGAAAGUAAGCUGAUCGGACGCUGGAGAAGUGAGGUGGACGUGUUCAAGAGAAAAGAGAAUAAAUGAGAAGAGCUGGAUCCUCCGAGAAAACCUCACUGGAAGUGACUUAGUUUUCAACUCCCGAGGUCUCUGUCUCGCCCUCUUUUUGUAAUAGAAAGCGAGUGGUAGCACAGUGCGCACUAAUCUCCACUGUCCAAGGACAUCACAAACGCAAGCGCAGCAUACUCUCUCUCUCUCUCUCUCUCUCUAUCUGAUUGAUAGCGUUCGCUUUCCUUUUCACUGGGUUCUGCUGCUUCUAUUUGCUUCCUUAUUGAAGCUACUUCAAAAGCGCAUCCGAUAUAAAGCACUUGUCUGUCUGCUCAUUUUCCUAUUUUUUGACGAACCCAUUAACAGUGUGUACACGAGAAGCUUUGCUAAAAAAACUAAAGUGAGGUGGACUGAAGAUUUUGGUUCAAUUUGAGUUGAGAGACGAAUCGGCUAGUUCGUGGGGGAUAUGGAUCCACAGGCGAUUUUGAAUGAUGGGUCCUACAAUUGGGCGGAGAUCUGGCAGUUUCCGAUAAAUGGGAAUGGGAGAGAUCAGUUUGGGCAGAGCCUGGGUGCUCAGUUUGGGGAUUCGAAUAGGGACGUUUCUGGUAAUGAUCCGAUGAAUUUGGAACACAGAGGAGCUCGCGGUGGCAGUGGCGCCGGUGUAAGAAAACGGCGUGAUUUGGUGGAGGAUGAUUCCGCUAAGGUAUUCUCUUCAAGCAAUGCCAAUGGCAAAGGAGUGAGUGACACUGAUGCAAAACGGCUUAAAGCAUCUGGAGAUAGAGAUGAGAAUCAUGAUUCCAAAGCUGAUGCAGAACCUAGUUCAGGCAAGCAUGUGGAACAGAAUGCUCAACCACCAGAACCACCUAAACAAGAUUACAUACAUGUACGAGCAAGAAGGGGUCAAGCUACCGAUAGCCACAGUCUAGCAGAAAGAGCUAGGAGAGAAAAGAUAAGUGAAAGGAUGAAAAUUCUUCAGGAUCUAGUCCCUGGUUGUAAUAAGGUUAUUGGCAAAGCCCUUGUCCUUGAUGAGAUUAUUAACUAUAUCCAAUCAUUACAACGUCAGGUUGAGUUCCUAUCUAUGAAGCUUGAAGCAGUAAAUUCAAGAAUGAAUCCUGUAAUUGGAGCUUUUCCUUCUAAAGACUUUGGCCAACAAACAUAUGAUACUACUGGCAUGGCAUUUGGUUCACAAGCCACAAGGGAUUACAGCCGUGGUACAUCACCGGAGUGGUUGCAUAUGCAGGUUGGUGGUGGUUUUGAAAGAACAUCAUAAUUUCAAAAGAUAAUCAUCAAUUAGUAAUAAGGGCAUCAAGUAGCAAUUCUUCUUCCUUCAGUGGCUGUCAGAAUAUAUACCCCAUUAUGUUAAAUCAAAGAUAGAACAUAUUUCAUUUUCAACAUCAGACUUUGGAGCUGUGCUUGCUGUCUAAAAAGACUGCUUACCUAAACAUAUCCAUUCAUUUGUGUGUUGGAAAAUGAUUCUUUUCUCCAUGUAUCUCUUGGCUGGCUUCACGUUCAUCUCUGUUCGAAGACCUGAAUAGUGCCUUCCAGAAUGAGUAUUGCUCUUGCAAAAGAAAGUUGUUUGUUCAAAAUUUUUAAUGCUUACAUAUCGUAUAAACCGUGUUUUCAACAUUGGACUUUUUGUUGUUGAGAAGCUGGAGCUUGUUCAAUAAAGUAAGUCUUUGGAAGUCCAAAAUUGAUAAA